AGCCAAUCAGCGCGCUCGGUGGGCUGCGGUCCCGGAGCUCCUCUGGCCUUUAUAAACUUUGUGUACCUCACUAAAAAGACACAUUUUCACCAGCGUUUACCCGACAGCGCAGCGUAUUUGCACAAAAGCCAUAAUGCUGCCCGUAGCAGUGUUUGCCCUGUGUGUAGCAGCAGCCCUGUCUGCCCCCAGCCUAGACCCACAGCUGGAUGAACACUGGGAUCUGUGGAAAAGCUGGCACAUCAAGCUCUACCAUGAGAAAGAGGAGGGCUGGAGGAGGAUGAUCUGGGAGAAAAACUUGAAGAAAAUUGAGUUGCACAACCUUGAGCACUCGAUGGGCAAACACACUUACCGCCUGGGCAUGAAUCACUUCGGUGACAUGACUCACGAGGAGUUCAGACAGGUCAUGAACGGCUACAAGCAGAAGACUCACAGAAAAUUCAAGGGGUCCUUUUACAUGGAGCCCAACUUCUUUGAGGCACCACGAUCUGUUGACUGGAGGGACAAAGGCUACGUCACACCAGUUAAAGACCAGGGUCAGUGUGGUUCUUGCUGGGCCUUCAGUACAACCGGCGCCCUGGAAGGUCAGCACUUCCGAAAGACUGGAAAAAUGGUGUCUCUGAGUGAGCAGAAUCUGGUGGACUGCUCCAGGCCUGAGGGCAAUGAGGGCUGCAAUGGAGGUCUGAUGGACCAGGCCUUCCAGUACGUCAAAGACAACCAGGGACUGGACUCUGAGGAGUCUUACCCAUAUUUGGGCACAGAUGACCAGCCCUGCCACUACGACCCCAAGUACAACUCUGUCAAUGACACAGGCUUCGUGGACAUUCCCAGUGGUAAUGAACGCGCUCUCAUGAAGGCUGUGGCAGCAGUGGGACCUGUGUCUGUGGCCAUUGAUGCUGGCCACGAGUCCUUCCAGUUCUAUGAGUCAGGAAUUUACUACGAGAAGGACUGUAGCAGUGAGGAGCUGGACCAUGGUGUGCUCGUGGUGGGUUAUGGCUUUCAGGGUGAAGACGUUGAUGGAAAGAAAUUUUGGAUUGUAAAGAACAGUUGGAGUGAAAAGUGGGGAAACAAGGGUUACAUCUACAUGGCCAAAGACAGGAAGAACCACUGCGGAAUUGCCACAGCUGCCAGUUAUCCACUUGUUUAACUGCACUCCUCCACUGACGCAUCCAUAGUCUUUUUUUAUUGCAAUAGUGUGGCUCAAGACGCCCUGCUCUGGUCACAUUUUUAGCAGGACAUUCUGCUUAGUUUUAUGAAAGAACAUUUUGUUUUUAUUUCGUAUUAUUUCUUUGUAAAUAUUCUUGGUGAGUGAUGUGUAACACUUGCUUUUGAUCAUUGUACUUUUUUUUGUUUUUCUGGGUACUGUGACCAAUUAAAUACUUUUAACACUA